CACCUGACCCACGUCAACAACAACAGUAACUGUGGUCGGGCCGUCCCAUUCCCCUCUUUAUAGGGCACACAUAAGUAGUUAAUACCUGGAACACCUGAACGUUUUUUAGAGAACACAAACAUUAAAGGAAGUAAUGGUUGGAGAGGUGUGGUUUUACUCCUUACUCUACUGGCUGUUUGCUCUGGUAGUGGUGUUUCCACCGGAUGAGAUGGUCGCUGCUGGGCUGACUGUUGAAGCUCUGCUUGGAUCCUGGUUGGGCAGCCAACUAACAGGAUUUAUCCAGUACCAGAUAAGGAGAACUGCAGUCACACUUAUGGUUCAUGUAUUACUUCUUCCAGGUUAUAUAUUGAUGUUGAUCAGGACAGAACCUUCACUGAUGAGAUGGGCAAAUACUCAGAUCCACCCAGACACCACAGCAGUAGUAGUUAUAUUAUCACUAGUCCCAGUCAUUGUGACAGCCUUAGUAGUCACAAAUUGGUGGCGUGACAACUGGCAGCGUCAUCCUUUAAGCAAGACAUUGUCGUUGUAUAGCCAAGGAAAUGUAAGGCCAUCUGCCUGGGUGUCAGUGGCUUCUGAUGUCAACAAUGAGUUCAGAAGGAUAGACAAAUUCAGCACCAAAGCCAACAGUGUUUGCCGUGUCAUUGCCACUGACAGCUGGCUGAUGAAGGUGACAGCAUACAGGGUCCAUUUGACACACCAGCGUGAUGCCGUUCUGUCCCUUGAGAGUAGUGUGAACCAUCAACUCUCUCAAAACAACUCCUUGGACACACAAUUACUCAAUAUCAAAGUGACAUCCAUCAGGGAAGGGAUAGCACCAUUUUAUAUCAGGUUGAGUUCCUUGGAAUACUCAGAGUUAGAGCGAAAAAUUGUCAACCCGGUUGUGAAUGCUCGACAAGUUGUAGUGCAACAAAGCCUCUCAGAUCGCUUUCUUGAAGCCUUCCUGGAAAUUGUAAAUUUAAACCCUAAAGUCAACAUUAUGGAUGAAUCAGUCAUGUGUAUUGGGUGUAUGGAAGUGGCAGCUAAUAUUAAACUACAGCGUCAGUGUGGAACAACAAAUAAUGGUUCAGGGAAUAGCUGUGUUGCCUGUUAUUGUAGACCAAUGUGGUGUGUUUCCUGUUUAAGUAAAUGGUUUGCGGCCCGACAAGACCAGAACCAUCCAGAAUCCUGGCUAUCGUCAAGAGCACCUUGCCCAACCUGCCGUUCACCGUUCUGCCUCCUUGAUGUCUGUAUUAUAUCUGACCACUGACAUUGGAAAACAGAAUGCCACUGCAUUUAAAAAUUUAGAGAUAAGACUGGUACAAGAAUUAAUAACCAGACAUUGGCCCGAGGAUCAUAGCUGUGGGGGCACCGAUGUUUACAUCCUCCUGCAGUGUUAUCUGAUGUUGGGAGGACAAAGUAGCUAAUUAUUGUACCCUUGUACCGUUGCGAACAUAAGUAAUGAUACACAUCGUGGUGGCCAUGGUGAGAUCUGGCAGCUCAUCAAUAGUAAACAAACCCACAGGAUUUGUAAGUACAGUGUAGUUAACUUUUUUUAUGAAUUAGCAGAUGUUUGUAACAGGUGUGUUGAUUGGUAGCUUAAGCAGUCACUGUAUUUUUAUUUUGAAUUAAUUUAUACUGAUUACCAAUACAAAAAAAAUAAAAAUGCUAGUUUGAGAUGAAUUGUCAUACACAGUACAGUGCUGUAUUAGAAAGACAGCAUGCAAGGCCGUAUGGUGAAUACUCGUAUAUCUUUUCAGUUCACAAAAUAGCGUCGUCCAAUCCUUCCUCCAUCCUUUCCAUCCCGUUCUUUACAGACUGAUGAGGAGACAUAAACUUCCAGUUGAAACAAACACUAAGAGUUCAGGCAAAGUCUAAUAUCUUUCAUAAAUAAGCAUUACAGGUAUUCAGUUUGCUAACUUUCAUUCUCCACUCUGAUGUCCGUGCAAUUCCUUUUAUUAUGUUAAUGUCAUAGCAUCUGCUACUGAAGUGAUUAAUUGGUCCAUAGAAAGCAUGACAUUCCCCUGAAGGAUUCCCUAUGGCCUUCUGAGCUCCCACUCAUGCCCACCAAUCCUUGAGCCCAUCCGUUGGUCAUGCAAGCCUUAGAUUGCAUUCCUUGGUAUGCUUCCGAGCAGUUUUGUAAACAUGCAGUUUAAUGAGUGUCAUUCUGUGGAUUCAUGCGUUGCAGUUUUUUACAGCUGAACAUAUUUUCAAAAGCUAUAAAACACUAAUUAAUUCUGUGAAGUCCACCUAACUAAACUGUAACUUUUGUUUCGGAAUAAAGUUUGGUUUAGAUAAUUAUUAUGUAUUUAUUACAAAUUAGCAAAUAUUUAAACUUGAUAGUGAAUUAGUAUUCCAGAAAGUCUUUAAGAAGCCAUUUUCUCAAAAAUAUUGAAACUAAAUUUCACAAUUUAAUGUUCAUUCACAUGGUUCUCAUAUCUUAUACUGUACAUAUAUGGCUAUGCUUUGGUAAUUGCAACAAUCAUUUAUAAUCUUAUUUAAGAGUAAUUCUUUUUCCAUAGAUUUGUGUUUAUUGCACAUAUAUUUCUGGUUAACACAACAGAAAGGAAUGAUGGUCAAUAAUUUUAUUAAAGUGUCAUAGGUAGUGACAAGAUUAGUUUGAAAACAUUAACAAUAUAAAAAAAUUGCAUUCAGUACUCAGUUCAACCCCUAUUUCUGUUCAAUACAGUACACACUGUAUCCAACAAUAAACCUUUGCCCAAGUCAUUCUCAGUUUUUGUGAAAUUUGAGUUGGGUUUAGGCCUCUCCUCAUUAUCCCAAUGACCAUGCUUUCUUGGCUUACUUUCUUGCUGUAAUGGUUCAUUGUCAAGGUGUCUGUACUCAGGCUUAGUAAUUGUGUGAUGCCAUUCUCCACUACCAAUCAACAUUACACCUCAGUUUAUCAGGAUUUUAAUGAUAAAAUUUAAUAAAUAAAGAACUGUUUAUUCAUUAAUAAUUGCCUCAAUAUACAAUUUGAUUCACUACCUUUAUUCAGAACCUUAAAUGUAUACAAUUUACAAAAUGUUAUAUAAGUACAGUGUACAGAAUAUACUAUGAAAAAAUUAUGUUCAAUAACUCGCAAUAUUCCAAGAAAUGAUGACGCAAUCUUGGAAUGACAUAACACAUACGACCCAUACGAGAUGCAUGGAAGGUUCUGCCCGUCCCCGGUGAUUGCCAGGCUAAGUAGUUGAAUGUGUCACAUCUCCCAGAGGAUGGUUUGUGUGUGGAAGAAGCUAUUAUUUGUACAUGAAAUAAUAUACAUUACGUAUCCUGUAUCAGUAAAUGUGAGGAAUAAAUAAAGAAAUAGUGCAUUGCCAUUUGGCAAUCUCGUCACUAGCACAAGACAGCAGAGCUGUGAGAACCCCACUCCCUCACUACUCUCUUGUCCUAGCUCCCACACAUGUAAUAAAUGUUUAAUCCCUUUAUGUUUUUAACCUUAUGAUAAUAGUAUUUUUUUUUUGCUCAUUCUGUAUGAACAAUUGUGUGCAUGUAACAGAGUAAAAAAAGAAGAAGAAAAUUACCUAUAUCUAUCCAAAAAUACAAUUUGAAAAAUAACACCAAUGUAACUCACAGCUUGGCCCAGUAGGGGAGGAUAUCACUGACACCUCACCCCCACCACCCGCUCCCUCUCCCACAAUCUACACUCUUACUCCCAUGGUUGUAAGAAAUUUUUUAUUCUCAUUGUUUUUGAUCUUUUAAUAACCUUUUAUUUUAUUUAUUUUUUGCACAUUCUAUAUGAACAAUUGUGUGUGCAUGUAAACAGUAUAAAAAAGAACAAAAUUACGUACUGUAUAUCUAUCCAAAAAUACGAGUUGAAAAUAACAAUAAAGCAGCUCACAGCUUGGCCCAGUAGGGAGGAUGAGAUCCCAGUCUUGUACCUCCCUCACCACUCCUCCUCUCUGCCUCUCCCACAAUUGGCUUACUCCUGCUGACAUGAUAAAUGUUAAUAAUCUUGAUUGUUUUUUAACUUAUGAUAAUAAUUUCUUAUAUUUUUUUCACGGUCUGUAUGAAAAAUUGUGUGUGCAUGUAACAGAGUACAGUAAAAGAAAAUUAAUAAAAAUACAUUUAUACUGUAGUAUCAACUCGAAAUUACUAGUUGAAAAAUAACAAUAACACAGCUUCGCCUUGUAGGAGGAGAGGUAUGGCAAUGUAGCUACUCUGACAUCUUGCUUGGUGACCUGCCAAGUUUACACACACACACACAUUCAUGUUAGGUAAAUGAAUGUAAAUUUUUGUUUUGUAUAAAUUUAUAGUUUUUAUAUUUUUAUUUUGUAUAAAUUGAUUGAUUUUAUGUCUAUAAAUUAUUUGAGUUAUUUAGACAUUUAAUCAUUAUAGUUGUAGGAUAUAAAACUUGUUUGGGCUCUUCAAGGACUCAGGAAGGGAACAUAUUUUUCUCCAUUAAGUUAUUAAUAUCAAUAUACAAUUGAUCACUUAGCGUUGGCUUUUGGAGGUCCCAAACCUAAUCUUGUAAUGGUCAUACUUGUGUUCGCAACUGUAUGUGUACAGUACACUAUAAAAUGUUAAAUGCAUAAGAUGUACAGGGUACUGUAGCAUUCAGUGUUCAGUUAAACCCAUAGCAAAAUUUAUAUUCAGUAAAAGCAUAAUGUGUAUGGGAACAUUAGCUGGUGCAUCAUUGUGGAAUAAAAAAAAUGUUGGUUAGGCCUCAGCCAGUGGCAGAGGCUCUCGGUAAUUAUCGUACUGUGCUUCUCAGUAACAUUUAUUACUGUUAUAGUCAGUUGAGCCUGAUGUUAUGGUUAGGUUGUAGCACUUAGUAGUUAUGACUACAUGUAGUUAAAGUCAGUUACUUGAAGACACUUUAAUUAUCAGGGAGUUUAUUGAAACACAACAGUGUUUGUCCUUUAUUUUGUGUAACACUAUAUAGAUACACUUAAGAUAUAAUUACAGGAGCUGUAACUGAGAAUUGCUGUGAGAGUGAUAUGGAUGUGCUCUCUCUGGUACAGUAUAACCAGUAUGUAUCUGGUGCCAGGUGCCCAGGUUCUCUUGAGUUCACAGAAGUCAGCAUCUUAGAGAUCAGUAAGCUGACCCUUGGCACUGCUCUGAAUGAGGGUUGUCAAGCAUGGAAUUACUAAUUAAUGCAAGAAAUAUAGUGAGAAGCAUAAUAAAAGCAAAUUACUGAUGUUAUUGUUUGUUAUACAUAGAUUAUGAAAUUAUAAUUUCUUACUUACUAUACUAAUAACAAAGAUGCAGUAGUCAAUAGGUUAAACCAAAUAUUCUUGUCAGUGUUCCUUUUAAUUUUCAGUGAAUAAACGUAUUUGCCAAUAAUAAUACAGUACUAGUAAUAAAUAUAGUAUAAAUCUUGUUUCUCAUUAAGUAUGUGCUUCCAAAUGUCUUAUUUGUCAUUAUAAAUAAGCUUUGGGCAUAUUUUUUGUUGGAAUAUAUCUUCAAAUGCAGUACAGUACUGUAUACAGUAGUAUGUAAUAAUGGAAAUCAGUGGGAAAAUUACAUUCACUUAAAGAAAUAUCAAUUUACAAAUGGUUUUCGGGAAUGGAGAACUCUGUUAAAUUGAGGGAUGCCUGUAGUUAUUAGAAUCAUAUAAACCAUAGGUACAGUACAUGGUAUGAUUAUCUUUUGGGGACAGCAGUGUAAAAGGAGUAAAUGAGCUGAAAUUUUGUUUUUCUUUCGUGGAAGGAAUUGUACACAUUGGCACACUAUACACACCUAUUGUAGUAGAUUAUUGUUACGUAAAGUUAAUUUCAUAAUUUGAUUUGGAAAGUGAUGCCAACUGUCUUUUUGUUCACAUAAAUGCAAUGCAUUUCCUGUCUUUGCUAAGCCCUUUCUAAAUGCAAUUGCUGUAAUACAUGGUAACAUAAUUAUCACUAUGACCAGAACUGACAAUAAUUGACAUUGGACAAUAUUUUUAUUGUGCAAUUUAAGUUUACACAAGAUUACAAGUUGCCUUUUGAAAGUGCCAAGCAAACUCUCUUUAAGUUGUUUGUACAGUGUUGUAUUUUUUCAGUACAGUAAUUCAAAUUUUAGGCAUGAUUCAUUGGAGUCAUAAUGGUGAGCAUACUAUAGAUAUAAAUGACCUGUUAUUAAAACAUUAAUAAUAUUUAUGUACUUACUGUAAAUUCUUAAAUAUACCAGUGAUGGACCUGUUUCCGUAUUUCUCUCUAUUUGCUGAAUUAUUUAUUUUUGUUAGAUGUUAAAAGAUGUUAUUGUUAGUCUGUUGAAAUGUGAAAUAGCAAGGAUAGUUUAUCCUCACAUACUGAAUUGUACUUCAUCCCUAAUAGGAGUACAGAGUGAAGGGUUAGCAUAGCCUGGGAGUUAAAGCAACAAUGGCUGGCUGACUUUAUGCAUACUAUAGUACUGUAUAUAUUAACAUGGUGCCAAUAUUAUGUAACCUUAUAAUCACACCAAGUUGUUUAGAUAUGAUUAGAGCUUUAUCCCAGUACCAAGUACAAUUUCACUGUGAUGUGUAUUGGGCCUUCCUGUGUACCUACAUAUAACUUAGAGUUUCUGUAAUAAAUACUGUACUGUACUGUAUUGUACAACAUUAUCAAUCAUAUCAAACACCUUAAUUCUCACCACUGUUACUACUACUACUUGCGAUAAUCUUAAUAUUCAGUACUACCGGUAUUUUUUUUUAGGUGCAGUAUGUGAAAUUAUAAAUGAUUAUAAGUGAUUACAAAUAUUUAUUGCAUGUGAUACAGCUCAUAACACUUGUUAUUCAUAAUAUAGUACCUUAAAUAUAAUCAUGAGUUCUAUAUUAUUUUCAUUUGUUUUUGUUCUCAGAUACUGCACCAAAAAUUAGUAGCUGCAUUAAGUGUUAUUAAUAUUUGGAACAAAGCAAAUUUAACAGCUGGCCAUUCCUGCUGCCAUCCAGCCCGACCUCCUCACUUAUCUACCGUCUUAAUUUAACUUCUCGUCUAAUUCAAUGUCUUUCAAAAAAUUUAGUGACUAUACUGCAAUAAUAGAAUAAGUAAACUGUAAAAUUAUAGUACACUUGUAUUCACUACAUUAGGUACUGUACUGUGUAAAAAAAUGAAGAAACUCCUUCAAGGAGACUGUCAUAUGUGAUAUGAAAUGAGCUCUUGACAAAUAUUGUUAUUGGGAAUUAGCCUAUAUAAAGUGGGACUAUAUCCCUAACUUAUAUAUUACAUUAUUGUAAAAUUACAUAAAGAGAAGGAUAACUAUAUUGUUAAUCAGAAUAAAUUAGAUUAAUGACAUUAUUCAUGUUGACAAUUUGUGUUUGUUAUUGAGGGUGUUAAAGUAACUAAUGUAUGAUACUGUAGUUAAUAAAAGUUAAUUGAUGUUAAUAUAGUAACAGAUGAGAAAUUUUCUUUUAUAUCAUUUGUUAUACAGUACAGUAUUGUUCAUUUAUUCUUUGGGAGGACAUUCUAAUGAAUACAAUCAAAUUUAUUGCUGACUUAUAUUUUAGGGGCAUGCUAAGCGUACAAUAUUAUGAAAACAAUAUUGCAGCUCUUUUAUAAUAUUGCAAAUAGAUUAUUUUGCCAGAUAUUGCUGUUAAUUCUUUCUUUAACUUUUAUUCCUACACAAAUAUUGUAAGUCUUAAGUAUGUUUUAAGAGUACUGUAUGUCAAUUGGGGUCUCUGUCAAUUCGCUGUAAAGACAAUCCAUGGUGACCUAGGUGUGGGGAAGACCUCUGAAGCUCACCCUAUUGCAAAGUGGAAGAAGGUAUAUGAUGGUUGAACAUUGUGUGUUAUUUACCAAGUACUGUGCAGUAAAAAAAACAUACUUUUGUACCCCUCAAAUUCGAAAUUUGUAGAAUAUAUACCUGUACAAAUGUUUCACAACAACGCUAACUUUUUCCAUGUGCUAUGCAUAUUAUAUGAUCAUUUGUUAGUGAAGAAUGUCAUUGUGUUUCAGAAGAAACUGAUAUGACUGAAUUUCAAUCUUAACUGUAUAUAUAGAUUGAUGUAGAAUAAGUUUUUCUUAAAAAAUGACUGAAGCCUUAUACAAGUAUUAAUAUUUUCAUAAAUGAUAUGCUGUAGUACUGUAUUGAUAACAUGAACAAUACCAAAAAUAUAUAUUUGUUGUUA